AUGGAUAAUUCAUCGAACUUUGACGAAAUUUCUGAUCCUGGUUAUCAACCUUCACCUUCUUCUUUGGAUCAAAAUGAUCAAUCAACAGUGGAAACUCCAGGGUACUCAACAAUGAGUGGUGAUUCUUUCAUGUUCGGCAGGACUUAUUCAGAGACCUCAGCCUUUUCUGAUCCCAUAGAUGAAAACAGCUAUUCAAGUGAACCUUCUCCUUCUCAUUGGCCAGUAACCAAAUCUGUAGCACAAAAUCAGGCUAUGCCUGGAAGACAAGCAAUGAAGCAACAGAAGCAAGAUGCGGAUGAUCAAGAAUCUGUUGACUUAGAACUUGAGAUGAUGAAAGAAAGAUUUUCAAAGCUUUUGCUCGGUGAAGACAUGUCAGGAGGUGGUCAAGGUGUCUGCACAGCUGUCACUAUAUCAAAUGCCAUAACAAAUCUCUACGCAACUGUGUUUGGGCAAAAUUUGAGAUUAGAGCCACUGAAACCUGAGAAGAAAUCGAUGUGGAAGAGAGAAAUGGACUGCCUGCUUUCUGUAUGUGAUUACAUAGUAGAAUUUAUCCCCAAGUCUCAGAAUUUACGAGAUGGAACAGCUCUUGAGGUGAUGGAAAGCAUACCAAGAUCAGAUAUUUACAUCAACCUUCCUGCAUUAAGAAAGCUUAACGCGAUGCUCAUAGAAGUACUGGAUAGUUUCAAAGAUACAGAAUUUUGGUAUGCAGAGCAAGGAAGCAUGUCAUCAAAUUCAACUCUUUCAGGCUCGUUUCGCAGAGUUAUUAUUCAGCGUAAAGAAGAGAAAUGGUGGGUGCCGGUUCCAUUUGUUCCUCCAGGUGGCCUCUCUGAGAAGUCGAGGAAGCUCUUGCGACACAAACGUGACUGUGCAAAUCAAAUCCACAAAGCUGCCAUGGCCAUUAAUGGUAGCAUUCUUGCUGAGAUGGAAAUUCCAGACACGUACAUGGCAUCUCUUCCAAAGAGUGGAAGAGCAAGUCUGGGGGACACAAUUUACCGUUACCUGUAUACAGCAGACAAAUUCUCCCCGGACCAUCUUCUCAACUGUCUCAACUUAGCAUCAGAACAUGAAGCUCUUGAGCUAGCAGACCGAGUCGAAGCUUCAAUGUACACAUGGAGACGCAAAGCAUGCCUAAGCCAUUCAAAAUCCUCUUGGGACAUGGUAAAAGAUCUCAUGUCUGACACUGAUCGAACAGAUAAAAAUCAUGAUCUAGCAGAAAGGGCCGAGACCUUGCUCUUUUGCUUGAAGCAGAGGUACCCUGAACUUUCACAGACAUCCUUGGACACUUGCAAAAUCCAGUACAAUCAGGAUGUGGGCCAAGCUAUCCUAGAGAGCUACUCGAGAGUUUUAGAAGGCUUAGCGUUCAACAUUGUUGCUUGGAUUGAAGAUGUUCUUUUCGUAGAUAAAUCUGUGAGAAGCCAAGACCAAUAG